UCAUUCACUGCGCGGAUCUACAGCAACUCUGCCGCGGCGGCUCCGGAGGAUCACCCACCGCCGAGAGGAGCUCUCAGCCCGGGCAGCGAGUACGUGGUCACAGCGCACGCUCCGGAGAGGGGCGGUUUGGGUGGAGCUGCUGUCCGAUCUAUGGAAUGUGACACUCGAACGAGAAAGGAGGCCCGAGUCGGUGGAUUGAAGUCGAUACAAAGACGAGAGAGGGAACAAGUUGUGCUGCUAGUGAGGAGAGGCUUUUCAUUUGACUUUUGACCGCACCCAGUCCAACAAUGCCGCACCGGUCACAGAGCUCAUCGGUUGGUGAUAAUCCACUUGACCCAAACUAUCUACCGCCACACUACCGCGAGGAGUAUCGCCUAGCUAUUGAUGUUCUGAUUGAACAUGACAUACAGGGCUACUUUGAAUUCCUCCAGACGUCAGAUUUGGUGGGUUUCCUGUCCCAGUCGGAAAUUGAAUACAUCAAGUCCACACUGCAGGGACCCAGCCAGUCCUCGGGCGCCCCUGAGCUUACAUACUAUGAGGGAGGGCAGGACGCCGAGGGCUCCUCAGACACCUACUGGCCACUGCAGUCUGACACGGCUGCGCCAGGGCUGGACCUGGGAUGGCCGCUUCCGCAGCACAGCUUCAUUGGGCCCACAGAGGUCACCACUCUGGUCAACCCCUGCGACUCAGAAAUGCCCAGCAUUAAGGAGCAGGCCAGGAGACUCAUCAAAAAUGCACGACAUGUUAUCGCAAUUGUGAUGGACAUGUUCACAGAUGUUGACAUUUUCGGUGACCUCUUGGAAGCAGCAGGACGCCAUGUUCCUGUUUACAUUCUACUUGAUGAGAAGAAUGCUCCUCACUUUGUCAAUAUGGUUAUGAGCUGCAAAGUCAACCUGGACUUAAUUCAAAUGAUGCGCGUCAGGACUGUUGCAGGAGUAACAUACUACUCUCGGACAGGGAAAUCGUUUAAAGGACAGGUGAAAGAUCGUUUUCUCUUGACUGACUGCCGGGCUGUCCUCAGUGGCAACUACAGUUUUAUGUGGUCGUAUGAGAAGAUCCAUCGAUGCAUCGCACACCUCUUCCUUGGAGAACUGGUCACUACUUUUGAUGAGGAGUUUCGUAUUCUCUUUGCUCAGUCAGAGCCUCUGAUUAUUGAUCCAUCCAGUGGACCACUCACAAUUCCUGACCCGGGCACCAGCAGCUACAAGAACACCCAGUUUGGUUUAAAGAGGUCACAGUCUUUACGUAAUCCCGGUUUCAGGAGACAGCCUGAGAUGCAUUCAGCUUUCCCAUAUGGGGAGUUAGAUCGUAACACUUCACUGCCUUUCCGGAGGAAUGACGCGUUUCGUCACACCCUGGAACCGAGUGCAGGAAUAACGAUAGGAAAAUAUUCUCAGCAACAGUUUCGCCUCCAGCAGUCAUACCUGGAGCAGGGAAAGUCCAUUGUGUCCAGGCAGAUGGAGUUGAGUUCAAGUGCCUUCAAGAGACAUAGCUAUGCUGAAGGGACCCAGGAAAAUUAUUCAUCUUCACGACAAUACAUGAAGCACAGAGUAAUGAACAAUCUGGAUGAAACAGAUUUUCACAGAGAGCAUAUUUCAAGUAGCCAUUACUACAGUGAAGGUCCUGGUCCUGGUUCUGGCCAUGGACACUACGACAGACUUCGAGCCCCUCAUCACCUUCCCAUUGACCAGUAUUCAGAAUCAAGUUUUCACUCAGACCGGGAGCCUCCACCUGGAAUAAGAGACUACUUUUCAUCUGAGGACCUGAGAGGACCAGAAGGGCUCCAUGCCCCUCCUGUAGCUGGGCGAUAUGGAGGAGGUUCAGCUAGUCAGAGACCAACCAUAGGACAAGCUUACGCUUGUCAGCGUUCACCGACACAUUUACACCCACCUGAGAAAGGACAUUUUCAAAAGCAGUCUGAUCAAGAGUACGACCAAGAUCCAAGUGUAAAGCAAGGUAUGAGGAGUUGGAGAAUCCACUCAUAUCUGAGUACUUAUGAGGAUGGUGGAGAAGAAGGCUUGCCUCAGCCUAUGGGUCAUGACGCAUUUGAGGAGCCCCCGCCUGGUGAGCAACUAGGUUCAUGUGAAAAUUUAGCUUCACGCUUUAGACUAAAGGAUCCACCAACUGUGCCACCCAAGCCCAGACCAGAUAUACUGAAACCCCGCUUUGGAAAGCCAAAAUUACCUGACGGCAACAAUCAAGACUUUGCCCCAACAGCAAGCAAUGAUGUGCUUCCCUCCUUCAGUGAUUUGAGGUCUUCUGUUUUGGAGAAAAGAGACAGAAUAGUAGAAAGGGAAAAGGAAAGGGAGUCAGAGAGGGGUUCAGCUAGGAAUACUGCAGAAGAUUUGGAGGUUAAGGAAGCUCCAGAUAUCUUUUUGUCCAGGCAUGAAUCAAUCCGCUCUCGCGUAAACCCUCUCCUCCAGCGUAGCUCUCGUCUGCGCUCCUCGCUUAUAUUCUCAUCUUCCAAAGGAGAGAUGCACAGUGGUAGUCUAGGUCUAAAACCAGCGACCGAAGAAGAUGACCAGUUAGAUACGGUACGCACUUCCUCCCUUGUGGCCCAGAUUCUUGAAAAGAGAAGGUCUUUCUCUCGUGAGCCUUUUGAAUGGCGAAAGAAAGCUGAAGAAAAAGACUAUGUAAAAGAAAAGGAAGAGAGAGAGGAAAAGGUAAAAGAGAAAGAGAAAGAAAAUGAGAAGAAGGAAGAGCAACAGAAAAAGGAACAAGAAAAUAAAAGCCAGAUUAAGGAAAAAGAGGAAACCCAUAGUACUAAAAAAGAAGAAAAAACAGUGAGUGCUGAGACAAUUAAAGUCAAACCCUCAGUAAAUGUAAAUGAUCCAGCUAGUAGACUACAGUAUUUUAAAGAUUUGGAGAACAAGAGAAAAGCCUCAAAAAUGGAGACAGAGCAAUCUCAAAAAGCCUUAGAGCCUGCUGAAAAAAAGCCAGACCUUUCUGAGAAGGUCCCUUUGUGUCCAGACACAACUCCUCCAAAAACCUCAUCUGUAGCCGUCACUUCGACAGAACAAGAACCCAAGAAGCCAGACAUCGCAGCAAAACUGGCAGAGCUCUCUCGCAGAACUUCAUUAAGUUCAGUCAAGCCUUCGUUAAUAACCCCAAAGCCUUUUGGAAGUUCCCUGAAGCUUUCAGAGACAUUGCAACCCCACAAAAAGGAAAAUGAGACAGAGGGUAAAAAGAAAGACGACCUCAAGUCUCUAAAGCCUCCUCCAUCACCUAAGUUAUUCAGGAAAGAUCAGCUGAAGAUUAAGUCCCUGAAUCCUCGUCGCAUCUCUUGUGAUGAUGUUCUGACAAAAGAUGCAACAGAUGCUGAGAAGAGUGAAAUGAAAAAGAGUCGCUCUCACAGUUCUUCAACGCUACCACAUGAAGAGUCUAAAGAAGGACUGCACAAAGUAAUGGGAUCUAAUACUUCGCUAAAUACAAUUGGUGAAGGAAAGGGUGAUGGUAAGACACUUGAAUUCCUGAAGAAACAGACUCAGAGGUUAAAGGGGUUCCUGGGGCCAAAGGAUAAAGAGAAGAAAGCCUCAGGAGACGACAGGGGCAUGAGCACCGUCAUGGAGGUGGCUGACGACUCAAGCAAAAAGGGCUCCUCAGGAAAGGUCACAACAUCCAUGACUACCGAACAACCCGCCACAAACCACAAAGAAUCGUCUGGGAAAUCACCUUCAUCCCGCUACCAGGCUUCAGGAAACUCAGCUUUGUACAGCAGCAACCUGCGAGACGACACUAAAGUCAUUCUGGAACAAAUCUCAGCGAACAGCCAGAAAAACCGCCAGGAGAGAGAAGAAACCGGAGAGGACAAAGACAGUGGUGCCACGGACAAAGGUCAAGAGACACAGAACCCCUUUAAGAAAAAUCGAUUUCUGCGACCACAAAGCAGCAACCAGGAGAGGGAAGGGCUGCUGAAGAGGAUAGAGAGCCUGAGGAAGGAGAAGAAGGUCUACAGCCGUUUUGAGAUGGGGAAUAGCCUGGCAUAACGAAAGAUGGAGGACCGGCCUUUUAUAUGCGGACUAUUUAUGCAAGACGAUCAAAAACAGCCAUUGCCAACUUGUGCCAACAACAAUCUAUCACUCCACAAAGCACUUCUGGUGCAAGAGCUGCAGCCUUUUCUUACACAAAGAAGUAAUAAAACUUGAAAAGACGAUAUUGAAAAUGCUGAAAACAAACUAAAGUCAUUGGGUUUGGAAUGUGUCUCCUUGCCAAGAACCGGUACUACUUUCUCCUUAUAUGGUGACUGAAAGACAAAAGUGACUACUUGCACACUGACAGCGUUGGCUAAUGUUUCACCACACAGAUAAAAAGAUAGGCUGUUUCACAUAAAACCAAGCCUGUAUGAACGUGACAGGGGAACUUGAAGAUGAAAACAAAGAGACUGCACAUGUUUUACCAGGAAAAGAAAAUGGAUAUAUGCCAGUUUAAAAUCAAAAAAGCACCGCAGUAUUCUGCAGUAAGUAUACAGUACCAGUGUUGUGAGUUCAUGGCAAUGUUUGUGUGCCUGGGACUAGUUUGCAGAUAAACAUGAGAGAGAGUAUCCUCGUGGUUUCAUCAUGUGCCAAUCAUCGAGGCCAUUACUAAAGUAGGAGAGUCAAUGCAAGCCCAAAGGUAGAAAGAUGUGGGUAGUACUGAGAAUGAAGUUGUGGGAUUUGCUGUUGGAGUAAAGAAAAUGAGGUGUGCAAAUAUGUGGGGUUUUAUAAUCUCAAACUGCAUUAGCAAGUGUGUUUUUUUUUUUUUUUGAUAAAGUCAAAGCUGUAGCAAAGUCUACCUUUCCAUUAAGGUGUGGACCCACCGUUCAGGGCUAAAGAUGUCAAAUAACCAUUCAGGGAGGGGAUUUCGGUCAGAGUACCUGACUAAUGUAUGCGUGCUGUCCUUUGUUUUAUGUAAAUAAAAAUGUAAAUCAUU